GCCUCGUUAACCGCGUUAGGGUUUUAGCAUAUCUGUGACAGUGAGCACCACCUUCGACGGUUAGGGUUUUAGCCCGUCUCUCAGCACUACCUGCGAAGGUUAUGGUUUUAGCCCAUCUGUCCGCACCACAUUGGAACCCUUCUUAAUAUUCCAGGUUUAAAUGGGUGUUCUUGGUUUCCGCAACACUUCUUCUCUUUGCACGAUCGACACCCGUUACAGCUUACAUCCCGAAUCGCAGAAUUCCGCCUCUUUUCCAACGACCCAGAAUAGAAUUUUCUAUAAAUUCGAACUGAAUCGAACGUCGGCCCGUUGCAUGGCUUCGACGAUGCCUGUAACGCAUGUCGAAGAGGGUGAGGGUCGAUUGAAGGGUGACGAUUUCAUCCGGCCACAUCUCCGGAAAUUGUCUCCUUAUCAACCCAUUUUGCCAUUUGAGGUUUUAUCUACCCGGCUUGGAAGGAAGCCUGAAGACAUCAUCAAACUCGAUGCAAAUGAAAAUCCUUAUGGGCCACCUCCUGAGGUGGCUGAAGCUCUAGGGUCAAUGAGGUUUCCAUAUGUUUACCCUGACCCCGAGAGCCGCCGCCUGCGUGCUGCUCUUGCUGAAGACUCUGGUCUUGGUCCUGAGUACAUACUUGCUGGAUGUGGUGCAGAUGAGCUCAUCGAUUUAAUCAUGCGAUGUGUGCUUGAACCAGGUGACAAGAUUGUAGACUGUCCCCCAACAUUUACGAUGUAUGAAUUUGAUGCAGCGGUUAAUGGGGCACUAGUCAUUAAGGUACCAAGGCAGCCAGAUUUUAGUUUGAAUGUCUCUCGCAUUGCUGAAGUUGUUGAGCAGGAAAAACCCAAAUGCAUAUUCCUGACUUCUCCAAACAAUCCCGAUGGGAGCAUAAUCAACGACGCAGAUCUGUUGAAGAUUCUUGAUCUGCCCAUAUUGGUUGUGUUGGAUGAAGCAUACGUUGAAUUCUCUGGAUUGGAUUCUAGGAUGGAAUGGGUGAAGAAGCAUGAGAACUUAAUUGUUCUUCGAACAUUUAGCAAAAGAGCUGGUUUAGCCGGACUCCGCGUGGGAUAUGGAGCAUUCCCUCUCAGCAUUAUAGAGUACCUAUGGCGAGCAAAGCAACCAUAUAAUGUAUCUGUGGCCGCAGAAGUUUCAGCAUGUGCAGCAUUGCAGAACCCCGCUUAUUUAGAGAAGGUUAAAAAUGCGUUGGUACAAGAAAGGGAGAGGCUAUAUAACCUUCUAAAGGAAUUGCCGUUUUUGAAGCCGUACCCAAGUUAUUCUAAUUUCAUUCUUUGUGAGGUUACAUCUGGAAAGGAUCCUAAGAAACUAAAGGAAGACCUUGCCCAAAUGGGGGUGAUGAUUCGUCACUACAAUAACAAAGAAUUAAAGGGAUAUGUUCGGGUCUCCGUUGGGAAGCCUGAACACACAGAUAUCUUAAUUGACUGUCUCAAACGCCUGUCUUGAUUCUUUUCCACAUCAAGAAACUAUUUUAUGAUAGGUGUUUCCUAUUCAAAGACAUGGGUGGGGCGGAGCUUCUUCAACACCUGAAGUGGAGGCAAAAAAUGAUCUGAAACAGGUACUACCAUUCCGCUGUGUAGUUUUUGGGAGCCAUGUUGCCUUUCAAAAUGGAAGAAUUUAUUUGUAGUAUCUUAUAUAUACUGAUGACUUCAGGUAGUUGUCACUGCUACAUUUUUAUUACAAGUUUAUAAUUGAACCUGCAAAUGGUUAUUUGGUUUUA